AUUUCACCAACGAGUGCAACAUUCCAGGCAACUUCAUGUGCAGCAAUGGCCGGUGCAUCCCCGGCUCCUGGCAGUGUGACGGGCUGCCCGACUGCUUCGACAAGAGCGAUGAGAAGGAAUGCCCAUCUCAGUGAGGGAGGUACUGUUCGUAUCACCAUUUGCUAAUACAGACACGGAGACACAGAGAGCCAAGGCUAAAUCGAAGUGUGGCCCGACCUUCUUCCCCUGUGCCAGCGGCAUCCACUGCAUCAUUGGCCGCUUCCGGUGUAACGGGUUUGAGGACUGUCCCGACGGCAGCGAUGAGGAGAAUUGCACAGCAAACCCUCUGCUUUGCUCCACCGCCCGCUACCACUGCAAGAACGGCCUCUGCAUUGACAAGAGCUUCAUCUGCGAUGGGCAGAACAACUGUCAGGACAACAGCGACGAGGAAAGCUGUGAAAGUUCUCAAGAACCAGGCAGCGGGCAGGUGUUUGUGACGUCGGAGAACCAGCUCGUGUACUACCCCAGCAUCACCUACGCCAUCAUCGGCAGCUCCGUCAUCUUCGUGCUGGUGGUGGCCCUGCUGGCGCUGGUCCUGCACCACCAGCGGAAGCGGAACAACCUCAUGACGCUGCCGGUGCACCGGCUGCAGCACCCUGUGCUGCUGUCUCGCCUGGUGGUCCUGGACCACCCUCACCGCUGCAAUGUCACCUACAACGUCAACAACGGCAUCCAGUACGUAGCCAGCCAGGCCGAGCAGAACGCGUCGGAAGUGGGCUCCCCGCCCUCCUACUCAGAGGCCCUGCUGGACCAAAGACCCGCAUGGUACGACCUCCCUCCGCCACCCUACUCUUCGGACACCGAGUCCCUGAACCAAGCCGACCUGCCCCCUUACCGCUCCCGGUCCGGCAGUGCCGACAGCGCCAGCUCCCAGGCAGCCAGCAGCCUCCUGAGCGUGGAAGACACCCGCCACAGCCCGGGACAGCCCGGCCCGCCGGAGGGCACCACUGAGCCCAGGGACUCCGUGCCCAGCCAGGGCACCGAAGAAGUAUAAAACCUAGUUAUUCCAAAGUCCAUGUGGGUUAAUCUGCUCUGACUUGUUACCAUCCUAACAACCUGUGCUCGUGGGAAGCUUCUCAGGGUGCCUCAAGGAGCGAUUUAGGGUGUCAGCUGUCUCUCCUUUCCUCUCGCCCCCCCCCCAAUUUCAGGGAUGUUCUCUGGAGAGCGACCUGGCAUUGUUCUGGCCUCUUGGUUGCCAGGAUGUAUGGUGCAUCUUUUCUGGGCACGCUUACUCUGGGGCCCAGGAUCACAGCCUCACUCUCCACAUCAUUCUUCUGUUACUGUCAGAAUCUUGCUGUGUAGGUGGCGUAAAUUUGCAAGUGGCAGGCUAGCGCUAUAUUUAGGUAGUCCUUGAGAAAGCAGUGUUUGUGCCAUAUUGGAUGUUUAGAAGGAUAGAGGACACUGGACCACAUUCUCUGUGGGCUGCUACCUGAUAUCUCCGUUUGGGGAUUUGUGUUGGAUGAUCCUACCAGGAGGCUGUCAUUGGAUGGCCACCCUGGCGAGAAUCCAGCGGGAGCGUCAAAACCCACCUUGCCCUGGGAUAUACAUUUGCUCUCGGGUCAGCAGAGGCAGGUGCCAAAGAAAACUGUUGCCCUGGGUAACGCCCUUCAGAAGUCAGCAGUGUCAUUUUGGUUUUCUGAAUGACUCUGAAACCAUCUACUCUGGAGAGAUUCCAGCUUUAAAAAUUUCCCUGAGAAUCCUCGUUUUGAGAGCUUUCUCCAGCAUCUUGUAUCAUCAGCCUCAUCCCAGAAUAAGGCAGGGAGUCCUCGUCGUGAGUUUAUUCGAGUUCUCAGCUCCUAAAAUGCGGCCUGCCAAGAGCAUGGGUCUCCUUUGGUCCUCAGUCCUGUCCUUGGUCUCUGGAUUGUCACCCUCCCACUUGUGACCUGCCCGUAGCCAAGGGAUGAGGACGAAACCUGAGUUGGCCAGACAUCUGAUCUGGGCCGUUUGUCCCCGUAAACCACGCCAGCCCGCCUCGCCCAUUCUUGCAGCUUCAUCUGUCACCUCCUAAGUCUCCCUAAGGCUCAGAAGCCGUUUUCCCUGUGCAUUUGGCCUUGGGGACACUGUGGUUUCUAACUCAUGUGAGAACCUGAGUCAGCACCUUCCACAAGAGCUCUCACUUCCUGGGCUGCCCUCAUCCCCUCUUCCUAAGGCCCAGCACCUGGACUUAGAACUAGGGUUAGAGUCAGAGUGAAGAUCAGGCCUCUCCGAAUAUCCCGUAGUUUCUCCUCUGAGAGACACAGACAAUAAACAGUUUGGAGUCAAGAUUUGCCAUUCGGACUUUUUUUUUUUAAAUCUCUUAGAAAUGCAUUUGAAACAGUGUGUUUGUUUUUUCCCUUCUAGUUAAGGGACUAUUUAUAUGUGUAUAGGAAAGCUGUCUUUUGUUUGUUUGUUUUUCCAUUAGCGAGGUCCAAACAAAGAUGCAGACGGAGAUCACGCCUUUGUCCCGCUGAGCGCUGAUAACAGGUUCCCCCAGACGGACCUGUGUGCCAGGCGUCUGUGUGUUGUUGCACUUUGAGUUAUUAUUUAUCGAGUUCUUGAGGGCUGCAGAAAGAGGGGCGCCUUUCUCCCUCGGUUCACAGACUCUGUGUUUACGCUAGCUUUCCUCUUUCUCUGUGCCCUGCCAGCCACAGCACCUACCCCCUCGGGAAGUCAUGGGUAGGAAUGUAGGCGUUAUUUGGCAAGAAGCCACACUGACUCCCGGCGGGGACAAAACUGGAACCAGGUGGAGCCACUUCGGGCCGCUGUCACCCAUGCAGGGCUGCUUUCCACGUGUCCAGUAACCCCUCUGAUGGUAAUUCAGAUGGAGCCUGCAGGAGAGGGGAGGAAGUGUCAUUCAAUGAUCCUGUUCUGUAGACUUUUUUUUUUCUUUAACCAAAUUCAAAGUAUGUUACAAAAAAGCUAGCCACUUGGUGUUUUUUUUUUUAAGUCAAGAAAAGGAACCUAGUUGCUGACAUCUUUCAUUUUGAAAAUCACGAGAUGUUUUCUGAGUAAUGCGAUGAAGGAAGAACUUUUGAUGGGAGCCGGAGCACGUUAGGAACGCCGGCUGAAUGUUUCAUCUCCUGUGAGUCAGAAUGGCUUCGUUGCUUCCUUUGGUGGGUCCCUGCUUCUUUCUGGUGGAAGUUGUUGAGAGGAAAGGAUUCUAAUUUCAGUUAAUUGUGCAGUGAACUAAUCUCACACACUUUUCAGCUUCCAGGCAGCUUAGAAAAGACAAAUGGUCUUAGUAGAUAAGGAGAGCCUCUUAAUGUUGUUUUUUAAAACAAACACAGGGACAUUUUUAUUAUGGAUUUGAUUUUUUUUAAUGGUUGUUUUUAAAAAGAUAUAAAUAGGACACCAAAGCUGUAGGGUUUUUGUUUGGUUUGUUUUUUUCCCUCUACUCAAGAUAGCAAAUAAGUGGCCAGCAGUAUUUUUUAACUCAUUCCAACCAGGAUUAUUUUUUAAUACGUUGCCUAAGUCUCUGCCAACCAGAAAACCUGCUCUGCUUUCUUUUCUCAAAUGAGAUCAACGAGUCCUUUUCAUUUUAGCAUUAAAAUCGAUCCACUGUGCUCAAUCGCUCAUCACCUGUCUUCAACUCCCUUGACAUUGAAAUUGACAUUUUAAAAACAUGCAACUAAGUGGUUAAUAAAUAGUGUGUGAUGUUCAGAGUUGAUGUAAACUGGAAAGGUUGUAUGUGGUUGCUUUUGGGGUUUUGAUUAGGUUUUGGUUUUGUUUUGUUUUUUUUAAUUUUAUACUUUCAAAUAAACUUGCAGUUUCAUUCUU